ACGUUGCUACCAACAGUGACGUCUUUCCUUGUCAAUUCUUGUCGGAUAAAGCGAUCGUUAGGCUUUUACAAGUACACGAGUUUACAGACUAUAUACGUAUUAGAAAAGGAGUACAAAGGGGUAACAAUUUUGGCGGGAAAAAUGCGACACUCCCAGGUCCUUAUUUGGGCCAUGGCGGUGCUGGUGAGUGACGUCAUCCUGCUCGCAGGUAAUGCUCUGGAGACCAUCAGGAAGGAAGUGGCAGAGGGAGACUCAGUGGUCUUUGAGUGUGACCUUGACUAUGACUCCAACAAAAAGUUCUACUGGGUCCAAGACCUGCAAGGCGGAGAUUUAAGACUUAUUAUCGAAAGAUUUCAAAAUUCCACAGAUCUUCUUUCAGCAUACCGAAACCGGACAGACAUCACUCUAGAAGGACCAGACGGUACAAGUCUCAAGAUAGGGAGUGUUAGGAGAACUGACAAAGCUACAAAUGGAAGCUAUUACGAAUGUCAACAACUCGAGGGGGAUGAAAGAAAAACCCGAUACGAGCUCUAUGUCACAUACCCCCCAGAUCCUCCAAGAAAUAUCCAGGUCCAUGGAGGCCGGCUGUACAGCUUCAAUAUCUCCUGUACUGCUGGUGACCCUGGUGGCUUGACUCAGAAGUUGUGCCUGAAACAACUUCAAGUUGGCAAAAAUGUCUCCAUCUGUAAAGAGGACAUUGAUAGAGGGGAAGACGUGCAGUUCAGUGUAGAAGGACUGAACCACAACACAACUUACCAAGUCUGUGUGUACGCUGAAAACCAGCUGGGCAGCAGUGGGUGUGGUCAGGCUUCUGUUGUCAAGGUUACUACAGAAGCCAUUGGUCAGUUUUACGCCUCCGUAAGGUUAUUAAAUGUACCUUUCACCUCAUCGGAUCCAAAUCACCAGACCAAUAGAGACCUUGUCAACAGAAUGAACAAAACGCUGAUUGCCCUGUUACAACCAAGCCACCCUGAUCUGACAGUGGAAGUCACAGAAAUUCAGAAGGGGAGUGUGAUUGUCACUAUGCUGUUCAAAGGUGUACAGAAGGAGAUGGAAACCAUCAAUGCUACCUUAAAGCAAGCAGUGACAGGAGGAGACCUUGCACGUAUUGGAGUGGAUCCCCACUAUUUCUACACGUUUUACCAUCGCAAAUCUGAUACUCCAACCAGACUUUGGUGGAUUGCCAUAGUAGUUGUCUUAGUCUUAGUGGUGCUGGUCGCAGUAGGAGUCCUCCUUGUGUACUGCAGGAGGAAAAACAAAAAGAAAGAAGUGACAAAUAUGGCUGAACACAUGCCCACAUGCUUUGAGGGUGGAGAUAUCAAGAAAUUGACUGAAAGAAUGAAGGACAGUAAGAUUUGUAUUGUUCAUGGGCAGUUCGGUAUUGGGAAAAGCUACGCUGUUAUGAACUAUGUUCAAGCUAAAACCAAGUCCUAUGUUACCUGGUUCAUUGGGUACACGUCAAACGAUUUUUCAGGAGCUAUCAAAAAGGAACAAACAGGUCUUUCUUUAAAGACGGUGAGAGAAAAGUUGUUAGCAUUUGUUGAAGAGUUAAAAGAGUCUGGAAGACCUGUUAACAUAAAGCAGGGCGAAACUGACAUCUCAAAGAUCUGCGAGGCACUUAAAGCUUCCAAAAGCGAGUGUCUGUUGGUUUUCGAUGAUGUUCAGGACAUCAAUGUGAUCCCGCGUCAGCUUUUGAACCCAUGGCCAGAACUAACGGUCUUGAUUACAACAAUGGAUGAAACCAUGGGUCAGCAUCCAGAUGCUUCUCACAUCCCCUGUCUUAAAAUGAACGGCUUCUCAUCACAUUCGAGUCCAGAUCAAGAAGGACCUUCUGAUGCUGUUUCCUUCUUGAGAUUAGGACGUGAAGACAAUGUCUUUAUGCAAACAGAGGAAUCCCUUCUGAAGGACCUUGCAAAUCAGUUUGCAUGCCUCCCGCUUGGUUUAUCCCUGGCAAAAAGCCACAUUCUUGACUCAGGAACGUCAGUUCAGGAGUACUUAGAUCACCUCCAUCAACAGAGAAAUGCCAUGGGAAGAGGGAACAAAGACCUCAGCGAGCCAGAGGAAAACAUAUUUGCUGCGGUCCAACUUUUGUUGAACCACAGAAUGAACGAAGUAUCACGACAAGUUUUCCAGCUCAUGGCCUUUCUUAUGCCAAACAACAUACCGACAGCCUUCUUGGCUGAAGCGUAUUGGCAUCUACGGGGUAGAGGUGCAAACAUAGAUGAAUUCGUAAAAGCUGUCAGGAAACUUUCUCUCGGAGAGGUGACAGAAGACAAGACGACAAAGAUGAGGAUGAUGACAAUCCACCAGCUGACGCGAAGGGCAAUUUUGGACAUGGUGACUGAUGCGGACCAAACUCAGAUGAUUCACGCUCUCGUCAAGGCUUUUCUUGCACUCCUCAUAAAGGACACUCGAGAAACUCGAGUAGGUGCUUUUGUCUCUCAACUCCUUCCACAUCUUCUUUUUCUCCUAGAACAUCAUCCUGCACUUUCAUUAGAGACUAUUUUGUCAGUUGACAAAUCAAAUAAUCCUCUGCUCACAGCUCUUAUACGGUUGCAUGAAGUCAUCUGCUAUCUCUACUGUCAGCAGCGCUACCCAAAGGGUGCAAAGCAGCAUGCCACAAAGGCCAAACGACUCUGUUAUCACCUCUGUGAGGAUCUAAGGGGUCCCUCAAAAGACAUCAAAAAGGUGUGUGGCAUGCUAAUGGAAGAGGGACAAACACGAUUUCAACAAGAUGUGUACGGUCAGACUGUAACACGCCAGCUCAUAACGUCUUCGAACAUUGAUGUUCUGAAGUUGAAGGUGCCACAGAGCGUCACAGUACUAGUCACGCUUGCUUCGAUGGUAGAGAGAUUCCAAACACUGAGUAAAGAACAGUACCGUCGUCUCAUCACGCAUGGAGCAGCUUUACCUGAUGAUAAAGUCCAAGCGGCGUACCUGAUUGAGCUUGUUGUAAGCGUGUUUUACACAUCAGGACGAAUCUUGUUUUACCUACAUGGUGAUGAUAGAAAGAAGUACUUUGACACAGCCUCGAAAGAGUUGCAUUUCUCUCAUGAGCUUAGCCGGGAGUUUGCGAGCAAUACAGAUGUGCACCUGCUCAACGAAAUGCUGUCCAAAAGAGCAGGUAUACUGUACCUUCGCAAGGAAACCUGGCCGAGUAAAGAAGAUCCCAAUAAAGUCAAGUCAAGUCAAGAACAAAAGAAAGACCUCAAAGAAGUCAUCAAAGGAUACAAUAAACUCAUCGAAGACAGGAACUGUUACUUUGAGUAUGGUAUCCUUAAGAAAUUCCCUAAGCAAGACAAUUUCAAUGCGAUGUUCUGCUACCGGUCGAUUGUUGACUGCUACAAGAGACUGACUAAGCUGGCAAGCUCUACUCCGAAAGACAGACAAGGCUUCAUUCGGGGCCACAAUGCCAAUGCCGACAAGAUGAUAGAGUAUGCAGAGAAGCAAGGCACCAGGGUCGACCAGCAAGGGCCCAUCAUUGAUGGAAUAGAACUCUUGCCAGAAGUCUACAACAUGCGAGCUCAGUUCAUCAUUGACAUGUAUGCGGCAGGCUUCAAAGAUGAGCUUCCAGAAGAUGAUCGCUUGCAAAGUGCAGCAUGUUGGGCAAAGAAAGCAUUAAGCAUUGUGUCAUGCAAGCCAUUACACAAAGCAAAAGCCAAUCAGCUCCUUGCCUCUGUCUUCAUAAAGGCAUAUGAACACCAGGAAGAAUUACAUUUCGACCAUGAAGACAUAGAGGUGACAGAUGAAACUACACAACUGAUACGGAACAGACAUCAUCCUAACAACAGUGACAUGCUCAAACAAGCAGGUGAGCAUCUGCAGAAGAGCAAAGAAAUCUAUAAAGAGUUUCCCAACGCAACAGCUGACAUUAGUGAAAACAACAAACUCGUGGAGAAGCUGAGUGAGUAUGAGCAAAAAGAGGCUCCAAGGCAAGCUCAACAAAUACCCAGUCAAGAGGCACUGGCAGCUACAGGAGGAGGUGGAGUGAGAGACCCUACUAGCAUAGAGAUGGACAUUCUGCCUCUUCGAAAAAAUUAGAUACGUUCAGAAACCAACUUGAGGAAAAGGGAAGAGGUACAAGAUUACGAAAAUCAGCGCAGAUGUAACAACAUAUCAGUUCAAAUCGGGCAUACUGUAUAUACAUUUGUACAGCAAUAGAAUACUGAGCCACUAACUUCAGUAGAAUAGAGAAGUUGUGUUUCAUUCAACAUAUAAAAUUUACGCAAGAAAGGUGACUAUAAAUGUACCUGUUACAAACAAUUACAGUAACACAGGAAAUCGGAGACUGCCAGGAAAUAUUUUGAAACUUCAUUGUGUACUGAAAGUGAAACAACGAAAUAGAUUGUAUGACAUACAUUUUGCGGGACUUUAAGGAUAGAAACUUUGCAGGUUGUAGGGUCAUGAUCACUCAUGCAGUCCUCGAGUUCGCAAAUUUUCCUCCCAUAUAUGCUGACCACUACGUCCUGAUGGAUCCCAGGCAGAUUCUGUGACCUUUAACUUCACCCCAUUUCCUAUGUCU